UUCAAAACGCCAUUUGUCGUUUUGAUCUUUUAACUCUUCUAACAGAAACUGGCACGUUCCCAGUGAAACCGACGUCACGAAACCAAAAUGGGAUAUGAAUAUUUGAUAAAAUUGUGUCAUUGUACGUUACGUGCGUCUAAAACAGUGCUGCUUUGCGUUUCCACAUAACGAUAUGGACACCAUCUGGAAAACCCCUUGAAAAUAUAAUUUUCAUUUCACUUUUCAUUUUCGAUUUAGAAAAUCAAAGCUUCUUUAUACAGCUAUAUCUUUCGUUAAGUCCGUUGAGUUUAAUUCAAACUAAUUGGUAAUCCAUUGAUUAGUUAACACAUGGUAAUAGAAUUUAUUUUGCCAGAAAAAUUGACAUUAUUUUGCUGACAUUGCAGUGAUGCUAAAUUUAGACAGAACACUUUAAAUUUGAAAAGAUGUUUUAGCAUUGUAAGCAUCAAUGGAUUUCAUAGACUUAAUUAAAUUGAGAAUAGCCAGCAUAAAUUGAACUCUACAUGUCGAUGCAAUUGGUAUUUGAAAUCCAAAAUUGAACUGGACAAGCAUAAGCAACAGCAAUGGGAGAUCCUUUAGUAAGGAAAUCUGCAGCGUUGUCUCGCUUGAGGCAUCAGUUGAGAAAGAAACGUGAAUCUCUAGCAGACCACUUUGAAUUCAAGAUGUAUAUUAUUUUCCAUUUUAAAGAUAAGCAAAAGAAGAAUGGUGCAGUAUUUGAGGUAGCAGAAGUUAUACCAGUAAUGACAAACAACUACGAAGACAGUAUUAUGAAAGGAGUAAAGGAGGAAGCAUACUCUUUAGAAAGCUCAAAAGAAUUACUUGAAAAAGAUGUAGUUCAACUUCAUGCCCCAAGAUGGCAGUCAAUGAGAAGGGAUGUUCUUGGAUGCACAACGGAAAUAGACUUCUUUUUGUGGCCAAGAAAUGAUAUUGAAAAAAUUGAAUGUAUCUUAUUCUCAAGAUGGAAAGGAGAGGAAGCACCAUUUAAACCAAUUCAGGCAGAAUUUAAUUUUCUACGUGGUGACUAUGAAAAACAAUUAAUGCGGCUGCUAACAAGAAAGGAAAAAUCUGGAAUGAUUAUCAACAACCCUGCACAAUCUAUGUUUCUAUUUAUAGACAAAAAUCAAUUACAGACAAGUAAAAACAAGGUGAUUGUGUUCAAGCUGUCAAGUGUAUGUCUUUACUUGCCACAGGAUCAGCUGACAUCAUGGGGACCUGGUACUGUGGAAGAAAUUCUCUCACAACAUAUUCCAGAUUAAACCAAAGCAUAUAUAAAUCAGGGAUGUACUGUGUCAUAUUACUGUUACAAAGUCAAUUUGUUGAUAUUGGAAAUAUCUAUUGAAUUUGCCAGUGCAAAAUUAUUUUUAUGGAUACUUCAUUACAUGACUCAUAUAAAAAGCUUUUCAAAAGAUAUAUAAAAGAAUGCAGACAUUUCAUUUCACAUUUACUUUGUACUACAGAUCUAUCUGUUUAAGGACAAUCACAAAGAUGGCAUUUACAUGUGCAAAGUGUAAUUUUUAACUGACCAAUCAACUAGGAUGGUGUUGAUAGAAAAAAAAUCAAAUUUUCAUUGUUUGUUAAUAAAUUUAUUUAAAUAAAUGCACAGUUAUAAUCCAAAGGGGUUUAUGAAAACAUGUUUUGGAGAAUUAAUUUUUAUGCAUUUUUUUUUUAUGAAAUUAAUUCAAUUAUUAACACAGUUUUUAGUGUCCUAAAUUUCAUUUUAAUUUUCCUAAUAUGAAAAUUAUUAUUAACGACAGUACACCACAGCCAAAUAUGAAAAAAAUAACCUAUCAAAUAGCAGUUUUAUGUAAUUGUUAAGCUUUAUUAUACAUAUUUCAAACAUUUAUACCUAAAAAAAAAUCAUAUAUGAUGAGAUCAGAGACAGAUUUUUCCUUUUUGUAAUUUAUUUAUGACUUUAUAUAUGACUUGAGAAUCUUUAACUCUAAGGGAAGGGUUAAAUGGUGUCAGAAAAUAACUGCCAGAUAUAUAUCUUUACUUCUUCAUGUCAUCCAAAUAAGUUUUCUGCAUUUUGAUAGCUUACUUGAAAUAUGACAUAUAUUUGACAAAUGAACAGAAUCUUUUGUGUGUCUGUAAGUCAGUUAUUGAGAUAUUACAAAAAGCAUUUUAACUGUUGACUCUAACUGGUUUCCUUAUUUCCGUUUAUUGCAGGUUGAUAUUAAUGCAUUGCUCAUUAUUUAAAAAUAAAUCAUUUGUUUUUAUGAAUUUCAACAAAUAUAACAUUGAACUACAAGCAUUGUUCACAUCUCAAAAAGUAGUGAAAGUGCAGAUAUUGGAUUUUUAGGUUCCUGUGGUUGGCAGUGAUUUUUAUUUGUAUUCAGAUGGUGAACCAGAACAAUAGUAAUCUUCUUGGACCAUUUAGGCUACUUUCAUUAUCCUUUUUUAUUUUAUCUUUCCGUAUGAAUUUCUAAAAGGUUUCCUUUAGGCUAAUAUUCAAUUGUCAUGAAAGUGGAAGAAUGAAGUUUGUAUGGUAGUAAUUGUUACAAAGUUAUCCUUUCUUAGUUCUAUGUUAAGUCUGUAAAUUGAAAUUUGUGUUAUGAGUAUGGUUUGGUUGAAAAAAAGGUUAUUGUGAGUGUAUGUAUUUUAUUUGUUUGUAUAUACAGUAGUGUAUUGGGUGGUCUCCUGAUAUUCUUUUCAAGCAAGAUGUUUUUCUUUUUGAAACAAGUUGUUAUUCUUUUUAAACAAGAUUGUUUUUCAUGUUUUUAUUGUGCGAUAUUUAUGAUAAAAGGGAGGGAGAAAUUGAGCAAUGAUAUUUUGUAUUAAAAACCUAUGACCAUUAAAUUAAGUUACUAUUGAGAAUUGCAGUAAAGUAGGAUUCCUUCAUAGAAUUGAGCCACGAGAAUUAAUUUUUCGAUUCAUAAGAUAGGUUGUUUGACUUGCUUGUGUUUUUUGGAAAUGCUUUUUUUAAUGUAGAAGUUCAAAACUUUAUAAAUUAUUCAAACCAAAAAAAGUAGGGACUCUGAAAAAAUUUCUAUUAACAUUUUCAAUAGUUCUAGGAUAUCAAUGUUUUUGAAUUGGAAAAGUUGGGAGUCAUUCUAAAUACAAACUACUGUAUGGUAUGAAAUUUUGUUUUUAUCAUUUGUUGAUUUUGUUUUUAUUUUUAUUUUUGCUGAUAUUUAUAUAUUGAUAUAAUCUUUGGCAGCACAGUAAUUGUGAUUUCCAUUUUUGCAUAGGGUGAAAAUAGAUGAUGUCUGCAGCUACAUAUCUUCACUGUACUAUUUAAACAUUUAAAGUAGGAUUUUGGUUUGAUUUUUAAACCACAUAUAUUCAGUAAAAACUUGUGAUUUUGAAUUGUAGUACUUUAUAUGAAUUUGCCAAUGUUAGAAAAUGUCCAUUUACUGCAAUGAUAGGUUGCAUCUUUUGAGUCCUGAACAUGUCAAUUUUAACCUAAAUGAAUUGAAAAGCAACUGAACUGGUAUUUUUGCAAUUAACAUAAAAAAAAACUUUUGUUUCAUAAUUUAUAAUGAAAGCCUUAACUUAUGUUUUUUUUCCUUUAUUUCUAUUUUUUUAAUCAAGAGUUGGGGUAUUGCAGUAAUAUUAUACAAUAUGACCUAUUUUGGUCAUGUUUUAAGGUCAUAUGCAAUGGUUUUUUAAAGUAACAAACCACAUUUUUGUUCUGCUACACACAAAUUUAAGAGGGACAUUAGAUAAAAUUGUUGAUAUUUGACAUGUUUGAUACUUGUUAUAACUCAAGUAUGCUUUGAUGAAUCCUAGCCAAAUUUUUACAGACUGUUAAGAUCCCAGAAGGUUAGCAACCUUUUAAAUUUGAUGAUUCCCAUAUUGGAACUUUUAGAAUUAUGCAAAUUAUGCAACAUUGAUCAACCAAAACAAUUUUUCUUUUGUCUUACUCUCUCAGUAACCCAGGUAUGCUCUAAGCAAUCAUCAUUAAAAAUGUUAUCAAUGGUAUGUUUUAUAGAUGCAAGCAUAUUUUCACUUUGGAUAAUUUUCAGAUCAGAAGUUCUAGAGUUAUUGGACUUUCAUGGUAAAAAAAAUAAUCAAUGUUUCAAAUGACUCCUAAUACUUCAAGUCGAAUUUUACCAAACAAAAUUUGUUUUAAAUGAAAAAGCAUGAUUAAAUAGGAAUUAACAAGGCUUUGAAUUUGAUUCUUUUUUAUCGUUUUUGGUAACAACUCAAGAAUAAGCAGUUUGAAUAACUAAACCUAAUGAUGGCUAAAAAAAUGGAAGAUGAAAGUAUAUAUAAAUUGAUAUACAUUCAUAAACAGUUGCAUAUGACCUUUAAGUAAUUUAAAUAUGAAAGCAGUGAAAAUAUCACCCUAAUGAAGUUUGUUCUCUAUAAAUUCUGAUAUUACAAAAUGGUUGACUUAUCCAGGUGCCAACAUGUAGUGUUACUAGAUUUAGAAUUUACUAUAGUAUGAAAUUACAGUGCAGUACAUGAAUUUCAUUUCUCAUCAUAUAAGGUUUGGAAAAAGCCAGUCAUAGACUUGUUAUGCUGUUUAAAGGAUGUCAUUAUUUGAUCAUUUUAUAUAACAAUAUUCAUAAGUAGAAACAAAUUUACAUCUGCAUUUUCAGAUUGCAGGCAAGUAAGCUACUGUUUCAUCUGCCAGAAUGUUGACAUUCCUUAAAGAGACAGUAAAUUAAUAAAUUAUAUUACUAAACU